AUGGCAGCAUCGAAUGUUAGUGAAUUAUAUUUGGCUUGUCGUAAUGGUGAUAUGGAAAGUGUUGAACGUCAAUUAAGAAAUACACCUUUAGAAAGUCUCAGUCGUUUAGAACCGAAUGGAAGUACUUGUCUUCAUGCUGCUUCUUACUAUGGACAUAAAGAAAUUGUUUGUCGUCUUCUUGAACGUGGUGCAUAUCGUCGUGUAAUUAAUCGAUAUGGUUGUACACCGUUGGAUGAAGCUAAAACAAAAGAAAUUGCUGAACUUUUUCCUCGAUCAACUGAAGCAGCAAAAGAACGUUUUAGUGAUAAUCCAAUUCAACAACCUGAAUGGCAAUUUGAAAAUGAUCAUGCUGAAGCAUUUGCACGUGCUACUCAUUGGGGAUGUAUUAAAGAUCGUGGAAUUAAAAAAACAGUUAAAAAAAUACGAGCUGCUAAUGUAUUAGUAAACAAUGGAGAACCAUCAUAUCAAAUUGUACAAAAUUAUUUUGAUGAAGCAAUUAAGACAGGAAAUCCAAUAUUUUUACUUCGAGCUUAUACAACAGAAAGUCAAUUUUAUAAGACAUUAAAUCGUGAAAUGGCGACUGGUAAUCGACGACAAGUAUAUGAAAAAUUAUGUGGAAAAUGGACAGGUCAUUAUACAGGUAUUAUUGUAAGAAAUCCAGUAUUUGAACCUUAUCGUUUUUCUGGUCAAACAUACCGUGGAAUGACAAUAACACCAUCUGAUUAUGCACAAUAUAAAAUUGGUAUUGCAUUAACAAAUAAAUCGUUUCAAUCAACAUCAAAAUCAUGGAAAAUUGCUAAAGGUUUUGCAUAUCCAUCGAAUCCUAGGCCUGGAACUUUUCCAGUAAUUUUAAUAUUUACAAUUACUGAUCGAAGAUCGGCACUUAGUAUUGAUCAACUAUCAGAUUUUCAAAAUGAAGAAGAAGUAUUAAUUGUACCCGGUACUUUAUUUAUAGUAACUAAUAUUAAUCAAGAUGAAAUACCAUAUGAAAUUGAAGUACGACAACUGGAAUGGACUGAUGAAUUUUAA